CGCUGAUAAAGAUAACAAGCGAAUAUUGUGCUCGCACAGCGUACUUUUCGCAGUUUUCAGGAAAUUUAUUCAUUCUGAAUUACGGAAUUAUUGAAAUGGUCGUAUCCACCAGUACGGAAAUCGUUUUGAGGAAGUGACGGUGAAUCAAAAAUUACUUUAUGUAAGGUGCACACCUAAAAAUUUUAACCCACCACACCAUGCUCGGGCUCCUUCGAAUGACCCGAUAGGCUAACAAACCUUCGAACUACUCCCGUCCACCGAAAAUGUCUUCUCAAGAAGACAUAAAUCCGGACAGUUCGCCGGACUCUCCCGGCUUCAACAAGGACGCGGCCUUCGAAGCGAAGCCGAAGCCGAAGGCCAUCCGGGUUUUGACCGUGUUAGCGUACGUCCUCAGCGUCUCGAUGGCCGCCAUCAUGCUGUCCAUUUACUAUAUUUUCAUGUGGGACGGCCGGCCCCACAUAGGGGCCAGGCGAGGCGGGCCCGAAGCGGGCCACGAGAGUUUCAGCAUUCCAAUUCAGUUCACCGAAUCAGUGAAAUCAGUAGAAAAUUUCACAGAACCUCAUCACUAUAUGCCAAACCUCAAUUAUUUCACCAGAAGAAACUCUUCAGCAAAAAUAGAAAAGUGGAAAGCAAAUGAGAAGCCAGUUGAACGAACGGAUGGAAUCUUCAUAUCUUCUUCUUCUCCUUCAUUCUUCACACAUUCAGUUGAAAAUAAUAGUAUUGAUUCAGUUGAAAAUCAUAGUACUGAUGAGAAUAAUACAUAUUAUCAUGAGACUACAGAGAUGCAGCAACAAUUGGAAGACGGAGAUUCCGAAGCAUUGAAAAUCCUUCCAGCCUAUGAGACUGCGACUGAAACCAGUUCUACUGAAAACACUACCUGGCCACGGGACUAUGAAACGCUGGAAGACUUCAGUGGGGCCAGCCCUUUCAUGAAAAAACUGAUGGACCACAGAUACGAGGAGGACUACUAGUUAUAUACUAGAAUAUAACAAACUCUCGUAUGCAUAGCGAAAUUACUAGAUGUGAUAGAACAUUAUUUCGUUAGAUGAAGAGCAAUCAAAAAGAAAUUUAAUUAAUUGAAAACUUUUGUUUUAUACUGUCUGUAGGUUCAUCGGGAGCAGAUUCGUUCCUAAUGUAUAGAAAGAUAAAUGACAUUUUAUAUUUAUAUUCUUCUUAGUGUUUCAACUAUUAGUUGAAUUUUUCUCUCAGAUUUCCAAUGGUGAAAUUUCAGAAGCAAAGACAUAUAUAUAAAUAGGGACAAAUUAUCUGAUUUAUCCUUUUUUAAUAAUGUUUAUUUAUAAUCUAGAGAAAAGUUGUUAACCAAUUUGAAAAAUUCGAAGAAUUAUUGUUGGUGAGAAAAAUUGACUACUUUCCUAGAACUUCAUCUAUUGUCAACUCAGUAUAAGAAUUAAAAGAAUCUGAGAAGGAAAUGAAUGAAGGAUGAAAUCAUUGGUAGGUGUACCUUAUAGAUAUAAUAAUUUGCAAUUUGCAUCUUACUGUUUGUGGAAUAUUUCUGAAUAUUAUAAAUUUCAAUCAAGUAACAUCCAAAAAGCAACUAAAACGAAAAAUACAUGAAGAAAUGUAAGUUUACACUCGAACUCAAUAAACAUUUUUAUAACUUGAGAACUAAAAAUUCAUGAAUCUCCAAAUAGAUGUCUUCUCGAUUGCUGUUCACAUUUUUUAAUAUGAUAGGGAAUAUUUAUACAACAUAUUAUAUUAAUAGUUAUACAAUAUACACCCCGAUUAUAUUCAGUGUAUGAGAAUUAUUAUUAUGAAUUUAUAAUAUCUAGUAAAUUUCAUUGUAUACCUAUUCCUAAUAAGAAAAUAACGAAAAAAAAACUUCUGAACGUCUCUAUUUCCAAAAAUAUAUUGCGUAGUUCUUUAUUCGAAGAAUUAACUCUCAGUUAGGAUCACAUACAUCUUCUUGUUUUUCAAUGAAGGCAAAUACUAAUCUGGUCCAAGUGUUUUCAGAAAAUCCAAUUAUAUGUUUUGAUAACAUAGAAAUAAAAUUCAACGUUGACUUUAUUAGAAAAAAUAUUUACAACUAUAUCAAAUUUCAUUUUGAUUUUUUCAGCCCCCACCCGUGACCAUCAUAUGCACUUUUCUAUCAGACUGACUCAUUUUUGUAGCUUUUUCAGUCCCUACUACACUCGACAACUGAUACAGGUCAUACUUGGAAUAAAUAACUGUCACUGUCAUAUUCGACUGGCUACCAACCUUUUUGUUUUGGUAAGAGUCUUGCAUCAAAUUGCACAUUUCAUAAUAAAAAUGUGGAAACACCGGCAGUUGAUAAAAAAGGAUGUGUCUGAUUCCUUUGAUACGUUUUCGAUUGAAAAAAUGGUAUCUUUCUGUGUAUAAGAGGAAGUGAGCAUCUCCGUGAAAGAACAUGUCACGUGCUCUUGCCACUUUACCUUCCUG